AGCACAACGUACGGAAGUUUGUCACAGCGCGCGGAAGGUGCGUAUUCGUGAUCCAAAACCUUUUUUUGUGAUAAGACUCGAAACCACGAACGCCACGGACUCCUUCGAAUCCACCGAGACGGAAAAAAUGAAGGAAACAAAGAGCCUCUCUCGCCAUCCAUCAGCUGUUUUUCGGAUUCUGAAUUCGUGCCGCACUACGGCAAUUUCUCUAUCGUUUGCAUUCCUCCAGCCAUGUGGCACGGUACCGUACGGUACGACGGUAUGUAUUUUCCUUGCUGGCCUUUCUUUUCUGCGGUUCGACAAGCUGGAUUGGUUCGGUCACAAACAUCGGUGUAUUUCUCUUGCUGCCCGCACUCUACAACGCAAUCCAACACAGCACAACACAACACGAGGCCAGGACACGAUACCAUAGGACACGGUACAAAUGACCAAGAGGACGAGAAGCCGAGCGAUCGGCUCGGUGUGCGCCGCCGCCACGGGAUUCCUGCUGCUGUCGGCCUGUAGCGGGCCGAGCCCCUCCCACGCCUUUUCGGUGGUGGCCCCAUCGACGGCGACGACGAAAGCGUCGUCCCGGCGGUGGUCGCCCCCGCUGGGCAUGGCGGAUUCAAGCAACGCCGCCGCCGGCGACGACGACGCCGACGAGGCUUCCCCCGAGGCCCCCGCCGGGAGCUUCUUCCACCCGGUCGCGCCGAGCGGGGAGGAAGCCCCGGCACCGGCCGGGGGCGCAACGGCCCCCCCGGGGGAAAAAGCCCCGGCGCCCGCGGGCGGUGGCGACGACUUUGACGACGCCGUCUCCAAGCUGAUGCAGCAGCGGCGAAAAAAGCCCCUGGCGAGCGAGCCCAGCACGAUCAAGGGGGUGCCCACCAAGGGCUUUGGAAAACAGCCGGCGGGAGGCAAGAAGCGGGCCGCCAAGCCCAUCAGCCCGUACGUGGCCAUCGGGACGCCCGACCAGCCCGUCAACGACCCCUCCAAGCCGGAGCGGGACGACCAGGGCUACACGCUCUACACCGACACGAAGACGGGAGAAAAGUCACGGGUCUUCGAGGCCCUGGUCGACUACCCCUCGGUCUUCACCAUGAAGAUCGUGGGGGCGAACGAGGGGACCUUUGUCUCGGACAUGGUGGCCCUGGUGGCCGAGGCCUGCGACACGGAGCCCUUGGGGAUCCAGCACACCACGAAGGUCAUGGGAAAAUGGGUCUCGGUGACGGUCAAGGCGCCCGUGGAGAACGCGGAGAUGCUCUACACGCUCUACGAAAAGGUGGACCUGGACCCCCGCGUCAAGUUCAAGUUUUGAGGCCGUGCCCCGCGCACGGUGGUACCUAGGUUUGGGAUGCGUUGCGAACCACUAUACACUACAGUAUAUCUAGAAGCAUAGGACUACACCGUAGAAUACGAAUACAGCAAAACCAAUGUC